CCUAUCGGAUUGCCCCAGACGAACAAGACUUCCUGAAUAAGGAAAUUGACAAACUAUUAAAGAGUGGGUUAAUUUAUGAAAUCAAAAGUCCCUGGACAUCGCCUGUCGUUAUAGUCCCGAAAAAGAAUGGCAAACUUCGAUUAUGC